UAAUGUUGGGCCCCUCUACAAUAUGAGAUUAGAGAGGUAGAGAAGGGACAUUUCUUAUUAAGAAAAAAAAUCAAAACCAAAAAGAAAAGGUUGCCAAGUAGAAGAAAAUAUUUGAGCUUAUUUUCUUCUCUUUAGGAGUCACCAAAUUCUAGUUUGCUUAACAAUGACAAAGUUGUAGCAAAUGCUAGAAAAAUGGACACCAUAUCCACUUGUAUCAACAGAGUUAUAAAGGUUUUUUAAAGAUAUCAUAAUUUGUUUCAUUUGGGAAAGAAUAUUUGAAAAAUAUUUGAAUAUCUGAAAAAAAAGUGCAAGACUUAUCAACCAAGGAGCAUGCAGUUAGGACUGGAACCAGUGACACUCACAUCCUGCCUUGCACAUUCUACGUGCUGCGUACAUGUUGCCUCGUUUAAUCCAAGUCAUAAUCUACAAGGGCCUGGUGACAUUUGGGGAUGUGGCCGUAGAUUUCUCCCAAGAGGAGUGGGAGUGGCUGAACCCCAUGCAAAGGAACCUGUACAGGAGGGUGAUGCUGGAGAACUACAGGAACCUGGUGUCGCUGGGACUUUGUGUUUCGAAGCCCGCUGUGAUCUCCUCAUUGGAACAAGGAAAAGAGCCCUGGACAGCGAAGAGAAAGAUGACAAGAGGUCGGUGCCCAGACUUGAAUGCUGUGCGGGAGACCGAGGAGUUACCUCUAAAGAAGGAUUUCUGUGAAGAGAAGUUAUCCCAGGCAGUGAUUACAGAGAGAUUCACGAACUAUAGUCUGGAGUACUCUAUAUUAGGGGAAGACUGGGGUUAUGAUGCUCUGUUUGAGACACAGCCGGGCUUGAUGCAUGUCACUAACAUGGCCGUCGACCUCUCCCAGCAACUAGACCCAGCUCAGAAGAGUUUCUGUAAGAAUGUGAUAUGGGAGAACCAUGGUGACCCGGGUUCAGUAGGGCAUUGUGUUUCCAAGCCAGACUUGGUGUCUUUGCUGGAGCAAGCAAAGGAGCCCUGGAUGGUGAAACGAGCACUGACAGGAGGCCUGUUCUCAGGCCAGCAAUCUAUAUGUGAGACGCAGGAAUUAUUUCCAAAGCAGGAUUCAUAUGCUGAUGGGGUAGCAGGCAGAACCUCAAAUGCUAAACUUGAGUGUUCCACUUUCAGAGAAAAUUGGGAUUCUGAGCAUGUGUUUGAAAGGAAGCUUGUAGGUCAAGAGAUACAAUUCAGGCAAGAGCCAAGUACUCAUAACAAAACCCUCUCUAAGGAAAGACAGCGUAUGUAUAACAAAUCUGGAAGAUGGUUCUAUUUGGAAGAGUCAGAAGAAAGAGUUCAUAAUCAUGAUUCAGUUAAAAGUUUCCCAAAAAAUUCAGUUAUAAUAAAACAAACAGGCAUCUAUGCAGGAAAAAAACUUUUCAGAUGUAAUGAAUGUAAGAAAACUUUUACCCAGAGCUCAUCCCUUACAGUUCAUCAAAGAAUUCACACUGGAGAGAAACCUUAUAAAUGUAAUGAAUGUGGAAAAGCCUUUAGUGAUGGUUCAUCCUUUGCACGACAUCAGAGAUGUCACACUGGCAAGAAGCCCUAUGAGUGCAUUGAAUGUGGGAAGGCUUUCAUACAGAACACAUCCCUCAUUCGUCACUGGAGAUACUAUCACACUGGGGAGAAACCCUUUGAUUGCAUCGAUUGUGGGAAAGCGUUCAGUGACCACAUAGGGCUUAAUCAACAUAGGAGAAUUCACACCGGAGAGAAACCUUACAAAUGUGAUGUGUGUCACAAAUCCUUUAGGUAUGGCUCAUCCCUUACUGUACAUCAAAGGAUUCACACUGGAGAAAAACCGUACGAAUGUGAUGUUUGCAGAAAAGCCUUCAGCCAUCAUGCAUCACUCACUCAACAUCAAAGAGUACAUUCUGGAGAAAAGCCUUUUAAAUGUAAAGAAUGUGGGAAAGCCUUCAGACAGAAUAUACACCUUGCUAGUCAUUUAAGGAUUCAUACUGGGGAGAAACCCUUUGAAUGUGGGGAAUGUGGGAAAUCUUUCAGCAUCAGCUCCCAGCUUGCCACUCAUCAGAGAAUUCAUACUGGAGAGAAGCCCUAUGAAUGUAAGGUUUGUAGUAAAGCAUUCACCCAGAAGGCUCACCUUGCACAGCAUCAAAAAACUCAUACAGGAGAGAAACCGUAUGAGUGUAAGGAAUGUGGUAAAGCCUUCAGUCAGACCACACACCUUAUUCAACAUCAGAGAGUUCACACUGGAGAGAAACCCUAUAAAUGUAUGGAAUGUGGGAAGGCCUUUGGUGAUAACUCAUCCUGUACUCAACAUCAGAGACUUCACACUGGCCAAAGGCCUUAUGAAUGUAUUGAGUGUGGGAAGGCAUUCAAGACAAAAUCAUCCCUUAUUUGUCAUCGCAGAAGUCAUACUGGAGAGAAGCCUUAUGAAUGUAGUGCAUGUGGCAAAGCCUUUAGUCACCGUCAGUCCCUUAGUGUGCACCAGAGAAUUCAUUCUGGAAAGAAACCAUAUGAAUGUAAGGAAUGUAGGAAAACCUUCAUCCAAAUUGGACACCUUAAUCAACAUAAGAGAGUUCAUACUGGAGAGAGAUCCUAUAACUAUAAGAAAAGCAGAAAAGUUUUCAGGCAGACUGUGCACUUAGCUCAUCAUCAGCGAAUUCACACUGGGGAGUCGUCAACACGCCCCUCUUUACCUUCCACGUCAAAUCCUGUGGAUCUAUUUCCCAAAUUUCUCUGGAAUCCAUCCUCCCUCCCAUCACUAUAGUCUCAAGGUGUCAUUUCCACUCAGCUACUCCAAUAGUUUAAUGGUCCCUCUCCCUGCCAUUUGUUUUGUUUUCUUUUCAUCAUUUACUAGUUUGUUCUUCACAUCACAGUCAGGUUGACUUUUAAAGUGUAAAUGUAAUUUAUUCACUCCUCAUGUAAAACUUGUAGUUUCUUUAAAUUAGCUAAUGCUUAAGGUGUGCUCAGCACAGUGCUUGGUCCAUAUUAAGCAUUCAGUAAACCCAGCUCUCUUAAAAACAUUGUUUUUAAACACUGAAAAGUUAUCAUAGUCAGCUCUGAUAAAAGUGAUGCAGAACAAUGAGUUCAGAAGAGACGAGAGUUUAGAUCAGGAACAGGAGUUCUUCAGGGAAUGGGUGAGGUUUUGCCUAUGUUGAUUUAGAACUUAAUUCCAUAAUGCCAAGGUAGUAUUGUGGCUUUCCGUGUGAUCUACCUGGUUGUAAGGUGCUAUGACCUUUUUGGUGAGAAAAUUAAACUUUACUAUGUAUCUGAUAGCAGCCUUAGAAAGUCUAGAACAUGAGUGAAUAGGCCACCUGGAAUAAACGAAUUAAAAAAUCACAA